AUGCUCCGCCGCAACUGGGAAUGGGAGAGGGCCAGGAUGGGGGAAGACAGCGAGCACAGUCGCGGCAGGCGCAAGGGCACCACCCUCCUCAGGGCUCUGGUGGCCACGUUCAAGUGGCGACUGGCUCUAUCAGGGGUGCUCAUGAUCGGGGAUAGCAUUUGCCGCGUCAUUCAGGCGUUGGCGCUGGGGUGGCUGAUCGGAUACUUCGACGACGAGACUUCGGCGAGUUGGGAGGGCUGGACCUACGCCUCCGUGGUCGUGCUGGGCGGGUUGCUCAUCGGCUUUUUUCUCCACCAUUUCAACUUCGUGGGGUACAUGCUGGGCAUGCAGCUGAGGAUCAGCACCACCACCAUCCUCUACGACAAGAUUCUACGACUUCGCCUCAGCUUGCUGGGACAGAUUUCCACCGGGCACCUGGUGAACCUGACGACGACCGACGUAGAGGCGUUUCAGAAGGGUGGCACGUUCGUCAACUACCUCUGGGGGGCUCCCCUGCAGAGCUUGGUCAUCUUGUACUUCGGAUUGGACCAAGUCGGGGUUUCGUUUCUGGCGGGAUUUGCGGCUCUCGCGCUCAUAGUCCCCAUGCAGGGGGCGUUUUCCCGCAGGUUCUCGCAGGUGCGGCAGCGCGUGACAGUGCUGACCGACGAAAGAGUGAACCUGACCAAUCAGGCCGUCGCGGGCGCAAGGCUGAUGAAGAUCAACGCCUGGGAGCCCGCCUUGGAGAAGGAGAUUCGCAGGGUGCGCGCGGAGGAGAUCCGUGUGUUGCUCAAGGCCACCCUGCUUCGCGCGAUCAACGAGGCCAUGUUCUUCGUACAGCCCGCCGUCAUAUCGUGCCUCGUGUUUGCCACGUACCACUUGCUUGGAAACGUGCUCGCGCCGCGGCAGGUAUUCACCACCCUGGCGCUCCUCAACAUCACCCAGUUCACGUUAGGAAAGUUCCUCUACCUGGCCGUGCAGACCUCCAUCGAGAGCUGGGUGUCCAUCAAGCGGAUAGAGACCAUCCUGCUCAUGGAGGAAAAGACGGCCGAGGCGGGAGCGGCUUCUGCACCAUCAGCAGCGGCAGCAGUCGUUGUCGCAGGGGAGGCAAGGGAGGGACCGUCGAUGGCAGGGUGCGUUCGAGGUGCUCAUGAACCAGUGGGAGGUGGGGUUAGCGAUGGAGGGAAUGGUGCAGACGAGUGGCCGGGCCUGGUUUCGUUGAAGGGGGCGAGCUUCCGAUGGACCAGCGGCAGGGAAGAGGACAAGCACGCCAAGGUUUUCCGCGGCUUGAUAGAGGGCAAGAAGAAGCGAAAGGCGGCUCAGGACAAACGGAUCAGCCACGGCGCUGACGCUGCGCCUGUAGAGGAGGACAACGAAGCUGAAACCAACGCUGGAGGACUGACCCUUGACGCCAUCGACCUGCGGAUCGAGCCGGGGCAGCUCGUGGGAGUGAUCGGGCCAGUCGGCUCCUCCAAGAGCUCGUUGCUCAUGGCGAUGCUCAGGGAGAUCACGCCGGAGAGGACGUCUGGCGGGGCAGGGACGGCGGCAGUCCAUGGUGGUGCCGGCCACGGUCACGGCGAGGAACCUUGGAUUCAGUCGGGCACUAUACGGGAGAACAUCUUGUUCGGGAGAGCCAUGGACCAAAAGAGGUACGACGCGGUGAUACGGGACUGUGCCUUGGAAAGGGACCUCUCCCUCCUACCAUCGGGCGACCAGACCGGUAUUGGAGACAAGGGCGUCAACCUGUCCGGGGGCCAGAAGGCGAGAGUGGGGCUGGCCCGCAUGGCCUACGCGCAUGCGGACACUUACCUCAUGGACGACCCGCUGUCGGCGGUGGACCCGGCCGUCGGGCGCGAGCUCUUCUCCAAGGUGGUGUGCGGCAGGCUCAAGGGGAGCACGAGGGUCCUCGUGACGCACCAGGUGCACUACUUUAGGGACCCCGAGGUGGACCAGAUCAUCGUCAUGCACCACGGCAAGAUCGUCGGAAAAGGGAGCUACGAAGCGCUCGAAGCCAGCGGGAGCUUCGCCGCGCUCGAGCGUCCGACCUCGCCGACGAAAGCCACCAGGGGUGAGGCCAAUGUCGACCACGGUAGUAGUGCCGUUAACCACACCGCCGCAGGAGGAGUUUCCCGGCCCACCCGCGUCCGCAGCACUAGCAGCACCGGCAGCGCCUACCGUAAGACGCCGCCACAGGCGACGGCGCCGGCCCAAUCCUCCUCCACCUCGUCGCGCUCUGUCUCCAGCGCUGCCGCUGGCGGCAGGGGCGGCGCACCAUGUGAGGGGGGCGCCGCGGCGCGUGACGGAUGUUCAACAUCUUUUGAAACGGCCGCUAGGAAAGCCGGGGGCGGCGAUAACGCCUCGAUAGAACUCCACCGAGAUCAGCAGCAGCAGGAGAAAAAGGACGGUUGGGGUGUCGGAUGCAACCGCGAAGAUGACUUUCGGGGCGACGCGAACGGGGACAGUAACGAGGGGGGGCUGGUGACGAAGGGUGAUAGGGGUGCACCGCCGGAGCUCGUCGUCUCGGAAGACCAAGAGUCUGGGAGGCUGAAGCGCAGCACCUACUGGGAGUACAUCAGGGAGGCUGCCGGCGUCUGGCAGGUCGUGCUGAUCUUCUUAUCCAUGGCGGGAGGACAGGUGCUGGUGAUGGGGGUGACGGUGUGGCUGGCCAGGUGGUCGCGUCAGAGCGAGGAGGAGCAGGACCGGAGCCGGAACGUCAUCGUUCUCGCACUGCUUUCCGCGGCAGCGGUCGUGGUCGCCCUAUCAAGAGCCGUCCUAGCCUUCUUCAGCCUCGUCAAGGCUUCGCACCGACUGCACAAUCGAAUGCUCAAGCGGGUCGUCCGCGCGCCGGUCCUGUUCUUCGACUCCAACCCCGUCGGCAGGAUCCUGAACCGCUUCACGAAGGACAUGCACUUCAUGGACGACCUCCUACCAAUGACCCUCUACGACUGCAUCACGUGCAGCUUCAUGGUGAUGGGCAACACCCUCAUCAUCUUCUUCGUCAACCCCUGGGUGGUUCUCAGCUUGCUCCCAGCCAUGUGGUACUUUGUGCAUCUGAUGGGCUUCUACUUGAAGACGAGCAGGGAAGCUAAGCGGCUGGAGGCGGUAACCCGUAGCCCGGUGUAUUCUCAGCUGUCCGAGACGCUCGACGGCCUUGUCACCAUUCGAGCCUUCGGAAAGCAGCACCGGUUCCUUGGCCAGUUCACCGAACGGGUCAACUUGAACACGAGGGCCUACUUCGCGUGGGUGUACACCGCGAGGUGGCUGGGUUUUCGGAUGGACAUGGUGGUGAUCAUCGUUCUCACCGCCAGCUGCUUCUUCUCUGUCGCAGUGAACGAGUACAGCAGUUCCGUCGAUGCAGGGCUACUGGGAGCAGCGUUGGUGUACGUUCUUCAGCUGGGCGGGCUAUUCCAGUGGGCUGUCAGGCAAGCAGCGGAGGUGGAGAAUCAAAUGGUGUCGGUAGAGCGCGUGCUCAGCUACUGUAGAGUGCCGCAAGAGGCAAGUUUGGAGUCCGAGCCGGGGUACCAACCGUCGGAUGGAUGGCCGGCCAAGGGCAACAUCGAGGUUCGCGACCUGUCUAUGCGAUACCGCGAGGAUCUUCCCCCCGUGCUGAAGGGCCUAACCUUGUCCAUCAAGGGAGGGUCGAGGGUAGGAGUGGUCGGCAGGACGGGUGCGGGAAAAUCUAGCCUCAUCGCCGCGUUGUUCCGGCUCGUGGAGUACGACAGGGACAGGGGAGGAAUUGAAAUUGAUGGCGUGGACAUCUCCAAGGUGGGCCUGCACGACCUGAGGCCCAAGAUGUCUGUUGUCCCUCAGACGCCGUUUCUAUUUUCCGGCUCGAUGCGGCUAAACCUCGACCCCUUCGCAAAGCAGUCAGACGCACAAAUGUGGGCCUCGCUGGAAGCAGUGCAGAUGAAGACGUACGUGCAAUCGCUGGCGGGCGGGCUAGAUGCUCCCGUCGCGGAGGGCGGCGGCAAUCUGUCCGUAGGGCAGCGGCAACUUUUGUGCCUCGCCAGGGCGGUACUCCAGAGGUCUCAAAUUCUUGUGAUGGACGAGGCCACCGCUAACAUCGACCAACACACCGACUCCCUCAUCCAAGACGUCGUGCGGACGUCGUUCAAGGGCAAGACGGUCAUCAUGGUGGCUCACCGCCUCAACACCGUUAUAGAUUGCGAUCAGGUCGUGGUGUUGUCGGAGGGCAGCGUCGUGGAAGCAGGGCACCCUCACGUGCUUCUCCGAGACCCCCCAGCGUCCUGUGGUAGCGUUGCUGCUGCCCGUGAAACCACAGCCUCGGCUGCCGCCGACGCAACGUUGUCUUCGAUGGUUGACGAGACUGGCGUUUCCAGCGCCAAGCACCUGCGGCGCUUGGCGCAGGAAGCGUGGAACGCUUCGAACGGGAAAGGGGGCGGGGUGUAGCCGUUCUUUAAGAGAUGAUGGUGACGCCACUCCGAGGACUACGGGCUGUAACGGAACGGCACAUGUUAUCACUAGCGCUGCAAACGACAUGUGGGGGAUAUGGCGUACGCAUUGCGUUGGAUUCUGGCAACUACGUUGAAGCUUCAAAGAGACCGACACGCAACCGCCCGGCGAUGUCCACCGUGCCUCUGGGGUCUUGCAUGCGCCAAUGGGUGCUCGUAUGUGGAAGUUUUAUCAGUGUUGAAGUGGGAACAACUAUGGAGGAGGUAGAGAUCGUUGUGGAUGACCUGUGGUACAAAUAUCUUCCGCUCUUUUUUCACCACAAGAUGCCCAUAACAAUCCUCAACCCAAAGCCCGCUAGCCUAGGCUAUACCCUGGCUUGGUCAUAGACCCCCACGUCGGAUUUUGCCGAUAGGUGGAGGUUGUCUGCCAACGUUUAAGACGUCUGCCGUAUGGUGUGCAACGAGGAUGGUGAGAACCCAAUAGAGUUAUUAUGUGCAAGUGGGGGGUCGAGGAGGGCUUUCAGUUCAGCGGAUUAGUAUCUGGGAGUAGAGAGCGAGAAGCAGUUGGCAGACACACUGACAAAGCAUCUGGAUCGUGUUCAGUUCGCCAAGCUGAGAACGAUGGUUCAAGAACAUGGAGGAUCUCCGAAUUUUGUUGUAGGAGGUAUGCAUAUGAUGAGGAGGGAACAUUGAAAGAUAUGACGGUUGUUUCAGAC